UGUGGGAGGCGCCGGGGUGAUGGCGGUGGAGACUCUGUCCCCCGACUGGGAGUUUGACCGCGUUGACGACGGCUCACAGAAAAUUCAUGCUGAAGUUCAACUUAAGAAUUAUGGGAAAUUUCUCGAGGAGUAUACAUCUCAGUUGAGAAGAAUUGAGGACGCGCUGGAUGACUCAAUUGGAGAUGUUUGGGAUUUCAAUCUUGAUCCUAUAGCAUUAAAGCUUUUGCCUUAUGAGCAGUCCUCCCUUUUGGAACUCAUAAAGACUGAAAAUAAGGUCUUAAACAAAGUCAUCACCGUUUAUGCUGCACUUUGUUGUGAAAUCAAGAAAUUAAAAUAUGAGGCUGAAAUCAAAUUUUACAAUGGUCUCUUGUUUUAUGGAGAAGGAGCUACAGAUUCCAGCAUGGUGGAAGGCGAUUGCCAAAUUCAAAUGGGGAGAUUUAUUUCAUUCUUACAGGAACUGUCUUGUUUUGUUACGAGGUGCUAUGAAGUGGUGAUGAAUGUAGUCCAUCAGUUGGCUGCCCUCUAUAUCAGUAACAAAAUUGCACCCAAAAUUAUAGAGACAACUGGAGUUCAUUUUCAGACUAUGUAUGAGCACUUGGGAGAACUGCUAACAGUUUUGCUCACCCUGGAUGAGAUUAUUGAUAAUCAUAUCACACUGAAAGACCACUGGACUAUGUACAAAAGGUUACUGAAAUCUGUCCAUCAUAAUCCUUCAAAAUUUGGAAUUCAGGAAGAAAAACUAAAGCCAUUUGAAAAGUUCCUGCUGAAGCUAGAAGGGCAGUUACUUGAUGGAAUGAUAUUCCAGGGCUUCUUAUAUGCAUAUAGCAUUAGUACCAUUAUUAAAACAACAAUGAAUCUCUAUAUGUCCAUGCAAAAGCCAAUGACCAAGACCUCAGUUAAGGCAUUGUGCAGGCUUGUUGAACUUCUCAAGGCAAUAGAGCAUAUGUUCUACAGAAGAAGCAUGGUUGUGGCUGAUUCAGUUUCACAUAUAACACAGCACCUUCAACAUCAGGCUCUUAAUUCUAUUUCUGUGGCCAAGCAUUUGCUGGACAAGUUGUGCAAAGAAAUAGAGAAGGAUCUGCGACUUUCUGUGCAUACUCAUUUAAAGCUGGAUGACCGAAACCCUUUCAAAGUUGGCAUGAAAGACCUGGCCCUUUUUUUCUCUCUGAAUCCAAUUCGGUUUUUUAAUCGUUUUAUUGACAUUCGAGCUUAUGUAACUCACUACCUAGACAAGACUUUCUACAAUCUAACAACAGUAGCUCUUCAUGACUGGGCCACUUACAGUGAAAUGAGAAAUUUAGCUACUCAGCGUUAUGGAUUGGUUAUGACAGAGGCACAUCUUCCUAGUCAGACUUUGGAACAGGUUAAUUUCACCUACCAGUUUUUGAAAAAGAAGUUCUAUAUAUUUAGCCAAUUUAUGUAUGAUGAACAUAUCAAAUCCAGAUUGAUUAAAGAUAUUCGGUUUUUCAGGGAAAUCAAGGACCAAAAUGAUCAUAAGAUUUUUAUUGAACGAACAAGCAAUAACAAACAUUUGAAUACUAUUAAUAUUCGGCAUAUUGCUAAUUCAAUUCGAACACAUGGCACAGGAAUCAUGAAUACAACAGAAUUUGAAUUGCUGUAUUUCUCACUGAGCAGCGCAAGAAUUUUCUUCAGAGCAGACAAGACUGCAGCUGAAGAAAACCAAGAGAAGAAAGAGAAAGGUAAUGCUAUGGGCUAUGUACGAAUGAUAAGAUCUGGUGGUCUUCAUUGUAGCAGCAAUGCCAUUAGAUUUGUGCCUGAUCUUGAAGAUAUUGUAAAUUUUGAAGAACUAGUAAAAGAAGAAGGUCUUGCAGAAGAAACAUUAAAAGCAGCAAGGCAUUUGGAUUCAGUCCUCAGUGAUCACACACGAAAUUCUGCUGAAGGUACAGAAUAUUUCAAAAUGCUUGUAGAUGUUUUUGCUCCGGAAUUUCGAAGGCCAAAGAAUAUACAUCUCCGAAAUUUCUAUAUCAUUGUUCCCCCUCUGACCCUCAAUUUUGUAGAGCAUUCCAUUAGUUGCAAGGAGAAAUUGAACAAAAAAAAUAAAAUUGGAGCUGCCUUUACUGAUGAUGGCUUUGCCAUGGGUGUGGCUUACAUUCUAAAGCUUUUGGAUCAGUACCAGGAGUUUGACUCACUUCACUGGUUCCAGUCUGUUAGAGAGAAAUACUUGAAGGAGAUAAGGGCAGUUGCUAAGCAACAGAAUGUGCAGUCAACUAGUCAAGAUGAAAAACUGCUACAAACCAUGAAUCUCACUCAGAAGCGACUGGAUGUCUAUCUACAGGUAGAUAAGCAUGUACAAGUCAAAUCUGCUUUGACUUUUUUGUUAUCUGUUACUUCUUGAUAUCUGAAAAACAGAAGCCUUAAAGAAACUGCCAAAGAAACUAAAAGAAGCAAUGGAGACCUGUCUGACAGCACUGUGUCUGCUGAUCCUGUUGUGAAGUGAUAUUGAUGGUAUGCAUUGCCCACAUGAAAUCAUCAGAGUUGUGUUAAAACUUUUGCCAAUGAAAUGGAUGUUAUAAGCUGUUGAUGAAUUGUUUCCUGGGUCACAUCUCUGGAAAAUAUUAGAUACUGCAAUUCUUUAAGGCAAUGCUCUAUUUCCAAAGGCUCUACUUUUCACCAGUUGAGAAUGAGAUGGUAAAGUUGGAUUUUUGCCUGGACUUUAGGCUAGGAGACAUUUCUAGGAACAGUUAUUUGAAAUGAAGUUACAGAAGGGCAAAUCCAGAUUCGUAAACUAUCACCUCAGAUCUCUUGUAAUCUACAUGUUUGUAGUUUUUAUUUGCAUAGGUCUUUGAUCCAUUUUUAUCUCAAGUCUUGGGAAAUUCAAUGCAUAUACCAUAUAUAGCCAGUAAAUACAUGCUUAAAAAAAGGAAUUGAGCCUGAGAUUCAUGAAACAUACAUAUCAGUCUUCUUAUAAAAGGAAUAUAUGGAAGAUAGCUUUGAUACUAGAGGUGAAACACAAGUAUGUUAAUACCCUUUGUGUGCAGUAUAACCAGUGAUCAUGCACUCAUUGUUAAUUUCAUGUGACUCAGAAGAGCUGCUGAUGUCUUUGAUAAGACAUUUUAUAACUAGUUUACAUUGCUUUGAGAACAUUUAACCUCCAACUGCUUUAAAUUUAAGAUUUACUUAAUACUCAAAGAAAAUUCAGAUAAAGCCAUAGAAUCCUGUUUGAAGCUUCAGUUCUUUUCUCCUUGGUUGAAGGGACUAUAUAUGAUACCAGGAAAAAAAAAAAAUGAAUGAAUUAUUUCUACAUCCAAACUCAGGUUUCUUCUACAUUAGAUUGAAUUGAAAUCUUAGUGACGGUUUGGAUAGACUUUUCCUUUAUAUCAAGUAUAAUCUAAGACAUCAGAUUAAAUAAUAAUUGUACUGUUCAGGCUUUUAAAAAAUUACCACUGUGAAAAUAAAGCUCUAAUAAAAUCAGUCACUUCCUGAUUUAAAAAGUACAGAAAGAUUUUGAGUAAAUUUAGUUCCCAACAGGCUAUUAGCUUUAUUUUUGUAAAGGUAUGUAAGUUAUUAAAUAAUCCUUUUUAAAAAUAUGAUGAUACCUUUAAAAUAAAAAGAGUUUAAAACUUGAAAUGUAAUACAAACAUCAUUUUGGGAAAUGCUUGAUUUUUCUAUUGCACUUGCCCUCUAAACAUUUCUUUGGAUAAAUCCUGCAAGUAAUUCUAAUAUUGUUCUUUAAUUCCAGCUUUUGGAAUGGAUGUACAAUGCCCUGUCUGUACUCAUUGGUUAGGGUCAGGGUAACUUUCCCAGCCUAUGAUAAAUACUUUUAUUAUUAAAAGUCAGAAGAAGCAGAAUAUGUAGGAAAUGGUUUUUGUUUAUUAUGUAAACAUGGCUUACAGAAUUAUGGACAAUGAAUGGAUUAAAGGCAUUUAAUAUUUGUAAUUCAUACUAACUGUAGAAAUGGCCCUAAAGCAUGCUGCAUAAUUAAUAAUUUAUAUUUUCAUUAUUGUAAAUGUUUAUAUUAAUGAUCUUGCAUUUGAUUAUAUCAAAUUAGUCACCAUUUCAUAGCAACAGCAUUAUUUUCUCUGUUUUUUUCCUCUAACUUCCCUGAAAUACCUUUUAAUAGGGAUAGAAGUUGUGAUUAGAAGAGAAUCAGAUGUUCUCUGUUCAUUGUCCCCACACAUGUAAAUUAAUUAUUUUAUCAGUACUAGAUAGAGUUCACAUGCUGACUCCCUGGGUACCUACAAUUGAGAAGAGAGUGAUGGAUUAUUAUUUUACCUUUAGUUCAAAAUAAUGUCAUUGCAGUCUGGAUAAAUUAUAAUAAAUUCAUAUAUUUGAAGUAAGAUCUUGGAAACGAUUAAUAUUUAAGUGGUAUUAAACUGCAGAGCAACAGGGCUUCAGUAUAUUCAUACCUAAGUUCAUAUAUACAUUUGGGUAAUGAUUUUCCUUGCUAACAUAUUAAUGUUGAUAUUUUUAUUUUUUCAAACAUACUGUAAUUUAAAAAUUGUGAGCAUUUGUUAUAAGUUCACAGAAAACUUAAUGUUCAAAUUCUCAGGAAUUAAGGACUAACUAUAACAUUGUCAGUUCUAAUUAAAUUUUGUAAAAGAUGGCAAGUUUGUUACCUCACUUGAGUGGGGCUUCCCUCUCCCCCUAAUUCUAAGAUAAUACAAUAUGUAUAAUAAAACAUUAAUAAAUAUAAUUUCAAAAUUUUC